CAGCCGUCGCGUAUAUAUUAUAGGUUCAUCCGAAGUUAAUAAGAUUGUCGCUUCGUAAAGAUAGAAAGAGCCGUCGAGAAUGAAGGAUCAGAGAAACCGGAUCGUGCGUCGCCCAAAGAGCAAACUUGGUGUUUAUUUUCAGAGCCAACUUGAUCGGUUUAGGAUGAACCGACCAGCGAUUUGCGGUUUCUUCGCAUCGGGUCGCACGUGCAGUGCUGGUGAUGAAUGUCCUUUCUCACAUAGUUUUCCCAGAAACUCACAUACUGGUUUAAAUGAUCCAAAUCCAGAUCCGGGAACCGUUGAUUUACUGUUUAAAAUGGUUUACAUGGGCCCUUUGGAUCCACCAAGGGAUCAAACCGUUAAAACCCUCUUCAUCCGUCUUCUCAACUCCAAUGUUCACGAGGAGCACCUACGUGAUCGUUUCUCUCCUUAUGGAGAGAUCGAAUCUAUUGUCUACUUUGGCAUGAGAGGUGUGAGUUGUGCUUUUCUCACCUACACAACCCGACAAGCUGCAGAGAAGGCCAUGCUAGAGCACUCCCCAUGGGUUGAUGUCAACGGUCAGAUGCUUAAACUGUUAUGGGGAACACAUCGGAUCCCGAAAGACGCUGAACUAGUUGGAGGAUCUAACGUGGUCAAGAAUGAUGGUGGUGGUUUUGCUUGGGUUAAGGAGACCAAAGAUGUUGUAGAGCUUCCAUACUGGUGCAAACGAGGUUAUGGCAGUUCUGAACAGCUUGGUGGUUGGGGGUUUGAUGGAAGAAGAGGAUGGGAUGCUGGCAUUGGCGGUUCAAACUGGGCUAAAGUGAAUGCUGUUGGUGGAUUUGGCGAAUGCUUAAACUGGGGUAGGGCAAACGAUGGUAUAUCAAGCUCGGGGAAGGACAAUUAUUCUAGUGGGGGAUCUAACUGGGGUCAACAGGAUGGUUGUGGUUUUGCUUGGGGUAGCCAGAACAACAACUAUGGUGGUGGGGGUCCAAGCUGGUCCAGUCUAGGUGAUGCCGGACGAACAGGAGGCUGGGAAACCAACACUGGGGAUGAUGAUGAUGAUGCAUGGGGAUGCAAACCAAACGCAGUAGCGUCGUCAUCAAGUGGAGAUCAGUAAAUAAAAGACCUGAAUUGACUUUUAAGUUGGUCUCUGACUAUCUGUCUCUCUCUCUAUCUACUCUAAGCCCAAGUUUAGUCUUUUGGGGCUCUCUCUUCUUUAUGUUAUGGUUUGAAAACUCUUUGGUUUAUUUAUUGCCGUGACUAAAAAAAGGCCUCUGGUUUUGUAGCCCUUUUGACACAUAUCGGAGUUUCAUCUCCUUAAUCUACUAUGAAUGCUUACUACUA